UCGAUUCUCACUCUCACUUCUCAGCUCAGCUCCACUCAGUACCGAGAGGAACAGUUCAAAACCCCUUUCGCCAUUGCCGCUUUCUGAGAACUCUGUUAGUCCGGUCAAGAAACUAGGUCAGCUCAGAAUAUUUUAGGUUACCGAGGGGCGACGGCUGCAGUUUAUUUCAGGCGGCUUUCAGACUGGUAAUCAAUUUCUGCAUAGAGAUUUUGACCUACCCCGCACUAAAAACAAAGUUGAGAACAUUAUCGUAGAAUUUCUGAGUUCCUUGCAUUUUUUUGUUUUAGAGCAGCUGCUGCGAGUUGAGUAUCGAUAGGAGAGCGUUCCUUGUAGGCGACGAGCAGUCGAUAACGUCCGUGUGUUUGCUUGUGCUGCCGGGUGCCGGGAAGUUGCCGCAACGCCACAGUCAUGUUCAAAAACACGUUUCAGUCGGGCUUCCUGUCCAUUCUGUACAGCAUAGGUAGCAAGCCGCUGAUGAUCUGGGACAAGAAAGUACGCAACGGGCACAUCAAGCGCAUCACGGACCAGGACAUCCAGUCGCUGGUGCUGGAGAUCAUGGGCACCAAUGUCAGUACUACGUUCAUCACGUGUCCGCCCGACCCCAAGGCUGUGCUGGGCAUCAAACUGCCAUUUCUGGUGAUGAUCAUCAAGAACCUACGCAAGUACUUCACGUUCGAAGUUCAGGUGGUGGACGACAAGAACGUGAACCGGCGUUUCCGCGCGAGCAACUACCAGAGCUCUACGCGCGUCAAGCCGUUCAUCUGCACCAUGCCCAUGCGGCUAGACGACGGCUGGAAUCAGAUCCAGUUCAACCUGUCGGACUUCACGCGCCGCGCGUACGGCACCAACUACAUCGAGACGGUGCGCGUGCAGAUACACGCCAACUGCCGCAUUCGCCGCGUCUACUUCAGCGAUCGGCUGUAUAGUGAGGAUGAGCUUCCGGCCGAGUUCAAGCUCUAUCUGCCCAUGCAGAACAAAGCGAAAGCGGCGGCCGCUGCAACGGCUGCAGCCAGCGGACCGUGAUGUGGCGCGUCGUGACACGUUGGGCCGUACCACACGCGAGCGCAGGUCAGUUUUGCUGCGCGCCCAUCUAAGGUAGUAAGGAGGCGCAGGCUGCAUUGCGCUGCGUGAUGCUGCGCAUGCCCGGGUGUGGUCGGUGUGUGUGUGGGACAGGUCAGCUGGCAUCUUCGUGAGCGCAAUAGACAUGUGUAGACGUGUGUGUGUGCGCGUGCAUGCGCACUCGCAUCUGUGCGCGUGCGUGUGUGUGUCCAAACAUCAUAGGUGUGGCCGCUGCAUCGAGCAGCAUAGCUGUACAGCUGAACCGCUUGAGUUGUGCACACCACUCCCCUAGUUAGUACUGUCUUCUGUGUUUUUGUUGUUAUGCGUCGAAAGACUGAGACGUGAGCGAAACGGACCGACGCUUCAAAUCAUAAUUCUUUAUCCAAUACGACAUCUUCACGAGAUUUUUUUAUCCUAUUUCCCGAAGAAAAUUUCCUCCCCUACGACUGAAACUCAUAAUAAUAUUAUAGUCAUUUGUAGUUGAUGGCAUGCAUUCAGUCUCCAGUGCUCCCAUGAAUUCAGUUUGUGUUGACCAACCCUACAUGGUCCUGGUGCAUCAGCCCUAUCGGUCUAGUUUAGAUAACAAACGUAGCAACUUAACCGCACAAAAUAUACUUCUACUUCUACAUUGUAUGUAUUCUCUCCGGCAGCGCCGAGUGGGGUUUUUGUCGAAAGCGACACAACUCUCUCUCUCUCUCUCUCUCUCUCUCUCUCUCUCCCCUCCCCUCCCCUCCCCGUUCUAGGUAGUUCUCUUGUGUGUAAUAGCUAUUUCUUGCCGUGUGUUCAUGCCCUAAGAUAGUGUCAAGAAAGCCCGUGGCAUGUCAUUGACAACGUCAGACUUUUCUCCUACGUGUAUUUGUGGUUUUUGGUUGCUCUCUCCCAGCUCUGCUACCCCCAGCUCUGCUACCCCCAGCUCUGCUCUCUCCUAGCUCUGCUACCCCCAGCUCUGCUGCCCCCAGCUCUGCUACCCCCAGCUCUGUACAUACGGUUUAGAGUUUUUGUGUUUUUGUUUUUUCAAAUAUUUUUGAGUAUUUUUAUCGGUGAUGAUGGUGAUGAAUUUUCCUGUUUUGGUCAGGACUUCAGAAAUCUAUUUGAAGGAUUAUUGGCUUCUCUGUAAAAAGCUGUUCCAUGUAUCUGA